AUGACGCGGAUAAAUUUUGAAGGCCUAUCAUGCAACACGACACGAAUCGUUCAGUCGAGAGACCCAGAUAACAGGGAGUUGUUCCUGAAGAUGGCGCUCAUCGAGCUCAUCGUUCACACGCUCUUCCUCGUCAUCAUUAUAUUGAUCGCCGACAGUCCAGGCUUCAAGCAGGUGUACGACAUAACCAACUCCGUGAACAGCCUGUUUGUGCAGAGUCCCGUCAGGAAAGAGAAGCCUUACGUCACAUUCAACAACAUUUCGAGAAGGGAGGAGGUCUGGGAUUACUUAGAAAACGGCCUGAUAAGUGGUCUCUUUUGGGAGAUCGACGAAGGUAAAGGAACAGAUUCAGUAGACAUCGAGAUCAGCAACAUUCUCUACAAGAACACCCUAGUUGACUCCGCCCAGAUCAGGCAAAUCAGGGUUGUGAACACCACCUGUACUGUCCUCAUGAAACCUGUCCUUUGCUACUUCCCUUACGGGGUUGGCGGGGUUUACAAAGAAAAACUGAAGGGAACUUACGGAACAGAAUUUUCAAACUUCAACAAACUUGGCUUCGGGAAGUACUACGGCAAGGUGUCGGUGUACGGUAAUGAAGGUUACACCUACCAACUGCCCCAAUCUAAAAGUAAAGUGUUAUCCAAUCUUGGAACCAUGAAAUCUAAUCAGUGGCUGGACAGGUCCACGCGAGUUUUGCUUAUCGAGUUCAUUCUGCAUAACAAAAAUUUGCACAGCUACUGCUUCGUCAAUUUAGCCGUGGAGUUCCCAGUGACUGGUGGCGUGAUGACCUCAUACAACUUGCGCGUCGUUCGCAUUGCCAGGUUCAAUUUCAGCGAAAUCUUGAUUCUUCUUUUGGAAAUUUGCUUCUACCUCUUUAUCUUCUACUAUCUAUUCGUCAUUUUUCUAGAAGUUGGUUCCAUUUAUUUUAGUCACUUAAAGCACUGA